GCCGCGAGAAGGCCCUGCCGGGCGGCGGCGACAACAGCAGCCGGGCCAUGGUCGCGCUGGAGAACCCGGAGGGCGGCUCGGAGGAGGCAGCGGCGGCGGUGGGAAGCCCCCCGGGCGGGCGGCGGACGCUGCCCCUUCCGGGCUGCCUGCCCGCUCUAGCUGGCUCCCAGGUGAAGAGGCUGUCAGCCUCCAAGCGGAAGCAGCACUUCAUCAACCAGGCUGUGCGGAACUCAGACCUCGUGCCCAAGGCCAAGGGGCGGAAGAGCCUCCAGCGCCUAGAGAACACCCAGUACCUCCUAAUGCUGGAGACAGACGGGGGCACAGCUGGCCUGGACGAUGGGGACCUGGCCCCCCCGGCAGCACCCGGCAUCUUCGCAGAGGCCUGCAGCAAUGAGACCUACGUGGAGGUCUGGAAUGACUUCAUGAACCGCUCCGGGGAGGAGCAGGAAAGGGUUCUCCGCUACCUGGAGGAUGAGGGCAAGAGCAAGGCGCGGAGGAGGGGGCCUGGCCGCGGGGAGGACCGCAGGAGAGAGGAUCCAGCCUACACGCCCCGCGACUGCUUCCAGCGCAUCAGCCGGCGUCUGAGAGCCGUCCUCAAGCGGAGCCGCAUCCCCAUGGCAACGCUGGAGACCUGGGAGGAGCGGUUGCUGAGGUUCUUUUCUGUGUCCCCCCAGGCCGUGUACACGGCCAUGCUGGACAACAGCUUUGAGCGGCUCCUGCUUCACGCCGUCUGCCAGUACAUGGACCUCAUCUCAGCCAGCGCCGACCUGGAAGGCAAGAGGCAGAUGAGGGUCAGCAACCGGCACCUGGACUUCCUGCCGCCCGGGCUGCUCCUGUCCGCGUACCUGGAGCAGCGGAGCUGAUGGCGGCCCCCGCGGCCUCCGCGGCGCCGACACCUCGAUGCCAUUUGCUGCAGUGUCUUUAUUAUUUUGAGAAUUCGUCCCUGUAGACUCGCUGCCCGCGGGCGGCGCCCUUCGCCUGGCCCUGCCCGUCGCCUCUCCAGGUAACCGCCCGCGGGGCCUGGGGCUGCCCGGGCCUCGAGCGAGCGGCGAGAGCGGCCCGGCCCCGUCCCCGUCCUUCGUUCUGCUUUCCCGGCGCGGCCCAGCGCCUGAGCAAGGAGUGAGAGGCUGGGUUUUUAUCACUUUUAAUGAAUUUGGCAUGAUUUGUUGUAGAUUUUUAAAAUUUCCCUUUUGGGAAGAAAAACCAAAAACUUGCCCCAGCUGAUACAUUGGGGGACUUUGUUCCCUUCCCUGCUUGACCCCCCCCUCCCAGUUUUUGGGUUGGAUGGGGGGGUGUCUCUGGGGCUCUGCCCCUUUUUCCAGGAGUGGUACGUCGUGUGUGCGUGUGCGUGCGUGUGCGUGCGUGUGCCCCACAACCUAGAACAGAAGCUCCGCGUUAGAGGCUGGUCUUCCCCGCCCCGGGGUGUGCGCUGCUCUCGCCUGGUGGCUCCUGGGGCUUCGUCUGCUCUGCACACCUCCUCCCUGCAUCCUGGAGGUCGGGACUUCCAGCCAGAAGCCUCUGCCCUCGGACUGCCCCACUCCCCUCCCUCUGCCCCCCCGGCCCGGCCCCUGCCUGUUACCUUGGGGUGUCCUCGCACCGGUCACCCCGGCGUGUCCCUCCAAAUCAGGGCCGGGGGACAGCCCUCCCGUGUGUGUGGCUAGUUGUGCUUUGGGAAAAGUGGAGAGUUCAAUAAAUUUCUGGUGCUCUGGU